AUGGGGAAAAAGGAGAGACGAGGAGCGUCGACCUCUCUGAUCCCAUGGGCCGGGUCUUGGACAGACUGGACCGACCCGUUCUUGUCAGAUGACCCGUGGGACCCAUUCUGGGGAGGUGGCGCCAACCUGUUGUGGGGCACAGCCGGUAGGAGAAGGCGCGGUAACGGCGACGGCACCGCUGCUCUGGCGGACGCCCGCGUUGAUUGGCGCGAGACGAACACCGCCCACAUCUUCGUUGCUGAGCUCCCAGGGGUGAGAAAAGAGGAGGUGAAGGUGCAAGUGGAGGACGGGAACGUGCUGAGCAUAAGUGGGGAGAAGGCCAAGGAGGAGGAGGACGCCGGAGACACCUGGCACCGCAUCGAGAGGAGGACGGGGAGCUUCCAUAGGAAGUUCAGGCUGCCGGAAAAUGCGAGGAUGGAGGAGACCAGGUGCAGCAUGGACAACGGCGUGCUUACAGUCACCAUCCCUAAGCUUGCUGAGGAGGAAAAGCCUCCUAAUGUUAGGUCUAUAGAGGUGGCUUAGUUACGUAGCUGACUCGUGGAUGCUGUGUAAAUGUGUGGGUACGUAUAAGGAUGUACGUAUGUACGUAUACGGUAG